AUGGAGAAAAAAUAUGAAAAUUACCUCAUUUUAGUAACUGAAGAACUUGUAAGGAAAAAAUCUGAACAUAAUGAACUCUUGAUAAGCACAUUGGAGGAACUUUCAUUACAUCAAGAGAACAUCGAAAGAAUUGAACAUCUCCAAAAUUGGUGUCGGGAUCUUAAAAUUUUGCUUCUACAGUCAAAUUUGAUUCCUAAAAUUGAAAACUUAAAUAAGCUCAAAAAAUUGGAAUAUCUGAACCUCGCCAUUAACAAUAUUGAACGCAUCGAAGGUCUUGAAAAACUCGAAUCUCUCCAAAAGCUCGAUUUAACGUUAAAUUUCAUUGGUGAACUUACCUCCAUCGAAAAUUUGGUUCCUUUAUACAACCUUCGUGAAUUACAUCUCACCGGAAAUCCUUGCACAGAUUUUCCUGAAUAUCGCGACUAUGUAAUUGCUACAUUAGAACAACUUGAAACCUUGGAUGGAACAGCAAUUUCUCGCACAGAUCGGAUCAAGGCAAAAAAGGAUUUUGCUGAAAAACGAAAGAAAAUUAUUCAACGUCAAGCGGAAUAUCAACUUAAACGAGACGAACAAAAAAUUCGGGUAGCCAAAGACUUGGAAGAAGCUGAAAAGGAAGUUAUCAACAUCGAAGAUGAGGAAGAAAAAGUCAGGAGAUUUUGGAAUCGUAAGAGCGAAAAUUGUCCAGAAACAAGAAUUCAAAUUGCUAAAUACGCCAAAGAUAAAAAAGGAACAAAAAUCGAGCCAGAAACUGACAAACCGAAGGAAGAAUUGAAACUUUUCGCCUCGGAUGGUCGUCCCUACAGCGUAAAUCGCGCCAAACUUGAAUUUAAUUUCGUCGACGAACCAGACAGAUAUGAACUUACCUUGUACAUUUAUAAAUAUCUUGACACCUCCCUGAUUGACGUUGAUGUUCAGCCAAAUUACGUUCGUGCAAGUGUCAAAGGUAAAGUUUUCCAACUUUCCCUCCGAGACGAAGUAAAUAUCGCGGCAUCAACUUCGCAACGGUCAAUGAUAACGGGACAUUUGCUCAUCACGAUGCCCAAAUUGAAUUUUAAGGAAGUGCUGCCCGUUAAAAAAGCUGAAAAGACAGAAAAACGUGAAUUGGCAACGGUUGAUUACAAAAAUAUUGUCAAAAAUGCCGAUAAAAUGAAGAUAACGCCUGAGCCAGUCAAUUAUGACGACAUGCCCGAACUUAUUUAG